CAACCUGGGAAGCCCCUUCCCCCUCCCGUAUUCCCUACCAAAAAUUAGACAGUUAAACAAGAAAAUCAAUCUGGAGAAAGCAAGCUCAGUUCUUCCAAACUAAGCAUCAGGGCCUUGCAGUGUGUCUUCACCCCUCCCCUUGUCUGAUGAUCACUCAGUUUCUGGUAAUGUGACCACUGUUGCUAUAGAAGCAGUGAUAUCACCAGCUGUGAUUCUGAUGUCACUCUCCAGUCCCAGCUAGGGGGAGGUACAUGGAAGGCUGGGGGAGGAAACAAGAUCUUGAGCUGAGCACGAACAUCCCAGCAUCUUCGUUGACUUUAAAAGUAUCUUCUAGAGCCUUCUGUGGUUCACUCUUCCAGUGCUGCAGAGAUUCCUUAUAUUUCAUGGACAGAGUGGGUAAACUUAGGAAUAGUGAAGACAACAAGAAAUUAAUCCAGAGCUUUCCUCGUAUCUCAGAACCUGUUCUCAGUAAGAAUGUCGGAUAGGGUUGACUGGUUACAAAGCCAAAAUGGAGUAUGCAAAGUUGAUGUCUAUUCCCCCGGAGACAGCCAACCCCAAGACUGGAAAAUGUCGGAUGAAUCCUUGUCUAUUUUUAAGGAAGCUUCACACGAUCCCAUCAGAGUGCUAAGCUGGCUCCGCAAAGACCUGGAAAAAAGCACAGCAGGAUUCCAAGACAUUAGGUUCAAGCCCGGAGAAUCAUCGCUCGGCAGGGAAAUGGUCAGCUCAGGAGACCCACGCAAAGGUUUCUGCGUGGACUAUUACAACACCACCUCCAGGGGUAGUCCAGGGAGGCUGCAUUUUGAGAUGAGUCACAGAGAGAAUCCGCACCAGGGCCCCAGCACGCACACCUGCAAUGGGAGCUCCGUAGAUGAAGUCUCCUUCUACGCCAACCGCCUCACAAAUCUUGUCAUCGCCAUGGCCCGCAAGGAGAUCAACGAGAAGAUUGACGGCUCUGAAAACAGGUGUGUCCACCAAUCAGUAUACAUGGGGGAUGAGCCUCCACCCAACAAGAGCCUGAGCAAGGUGGCGUCGGAGCUGGUGAAUGAGACCGUCACUGCCUGCUCCAAAAACACCCCAUCAGAUAAGGCUCCGGGCUCUGGUGACAGAGCCUCGGGGACAUUACAGAGCCCCCCAAAUUUAAAAUACAAAAGCACUUUGAAGAUCAAGGAGAGCAACAAGGGAGGCAGGGGUCCAGACGACAGGCCUAGCUCUAAGAAGUCUUUCUUCUACAAGGAAGUAUUCGAAUCUCGUAACGCGGGUGAUGCCAAAGAGGGAGGAAGGACCUUACCGGCGGAGAGAAAGAUGUUCAGAGGGUAUGAAAGGCCCGAUGACUUCACAGCUUCCAUCAGUCAAGGGAUCAUGACCUAUGCCAACAGUGUGGUGUCCGACAUGAUGGUCUCCAUCAUGAAGACCCUGAAGAUCCAGGUGAAGGACACAACCAUUGCCACCAUCGUGCUGAAGAAGGUCCUGAUCAAGCACGCCAAAGAUGUAGUCUCCGACCUCAUCGACUCCUUCAUGAAGAACCUCCACAAUGUCACGGGGACCCUCAUGACGGACACGGACUUUGUCUCGGCCGUGAAAAGAAGCUUCUUCUCUCAUGGAAGCCAGAAGGCCACGGACAUCAUGGAUGCCAUGCUGGGGAAACUCUAUUCAGUGAUAUUUGCCAAGAAACCCCCUGAGACAGUCAGGAAAACCAAGGAUAAGUCUGAAAGUUACUCCCUCAUCUCUAUGAAAGGGAUGGGUGACCCUAAACACCGAAACGUCAACUUCGCCUCCAUGAAAUCAGAAGGUAAAGUGAGGGAGAGAGUAUGCACCCCCACGCCCAAACCCGAGAAGUCCUGUGUGGAAACUCUGGGGGAACACAUUAUCAAAGAGGGGCUGACCCUGUGGCACAACAGCCAGCAGAAGGAAGGCAUAUCUGCAUGCCUCCAGGGCUCACCCUUCGUAACUCCCAAGAGACAGUAUAAACCUGUGCCGGACUUUCCCCUGGGGUUCCCUUUUGACCCCUGCAACUUCAGCCUCCCUAUGCAGUGCCCAGAAAAACCUGAGAAUUUUAUGUGCGACUCAGACUCCUGGGCCAAGGACCUGCUUGUUUCUGCCUUACUUCUGAUCCAGUACCACCUGGCCCAGGGAGGAAACAUGGAUGCACAGAGCUUUCUCAAAGCUGCUGGCACCUCCAACCUGUAUCCCACUAAGUCUCCAGCCGUUUCCCAUGAGUCCAGCCUCCGGUCUCCCCAAGUGGAAGCUGACCCAGAAGAAGUGGAGAAGAAGGACCUAAUGAGCGUUUUCUUCAACUUUAUCCGGAACUUGCUCAGUGAGACCAUUUUCAAGAGCGACCAUAGCUGUGAUCCCAAGGCAACCAAGGAAGACAACAGCCCCCAGUGUGAAAGACCCGUCACCCCCUCUCCCGCCAAAUUAAAUGAAUGUGAUGAGACUGGGGGUGCUUUUGCGGGCCUCACCAAGAUGGUGGCUAACAAACUUGACGGCCACAUGAACGGGCAGAUGGUAGACCAUCUGAUGGACUCAGUGAUGAAGUUGUGUCUCAUCAUUGCCAAGUCCUGCGACUCUCCGUUGGCAGAACUGGGAGACGACAAGUCCGGGGAUGCCAGCAGGCCAACAUCAGCCUUCCCAGAGAGUUUAUAUGAGUGUUUGUCCACCAAGGGCACAGGGACUGCAGAGACGCUCCUACAGAAUGCCUAUCAGGCUAUCCACAACGAACUGAGGAGUCUAUCAGCACAGCCCCCCGAAGGGUGUGCAGCACCCAAAGUGAUCGUCAGCAACCACAACCUGACUGACACCGUGCAGAACAAGCAGCUCCAAGCCGUUCUUCAGUGGGUGGCCGCCUCUGAGCUCAACGUCCCCAUUCUGUACUUUGCCGGUGACGACGAAGGAAUCCAGGAGAAGCUACUGCAGCUCUCGGCAGCCGCCGUGGAAAAGGGGCGCAGCGUAGGUGAGGUUCUACAGUCGGUGCUGCGGUACGAGAAGGAGCGACAGCUGGACGAAGCGGUGGGCAACGUCACACGGCUGCAGCUGCUGGACUGGCUGAUGGUGAACCUGUGAUGGGGGCCCGCCGCCGCCCCUCUUUCCCGCGGUGGGCCCCGCCCUCGCCCCUCCCUUCGUCCUCACUGCCGCGGCCCCCCUCUCCCGCCUCCUCACAGAGCCCCAACAUUAUCUUCAUACCACUCACAUCUAAGACACGUCAUCGUGCGCUAGUCCCUGGAUUUUGCAGAUAUUCUUGUCCAUGCGAGCAAGGACGUAAAAUAAAAAUUACA